AUUGUACUAAGUGCAGGUGUACGUGUUUCAAAUUUACUUGUAAUUAAUUUAUUUGUUCUUGGUAAUGUCAACUGAACUGAAGAAGCACAGUCUGCUUUACUUUCCCGCGUACUAAGAAAAUCUCAACGUUGAUUGGUUGGCUGUUUUGAAAUCAGCCAAUGGCAUUAAAGAUCAAGUGUGUGACGUUCGUUUAAAACACCGUGUAUAUCAAGUUGUAACCGCGGUCGCCAUGCCAUGCGACUGUUUCGGGUCUAAGAAUUUCGUUUCUGAAUAUGUCGUUCGAAAAGUGUGUUGGAAAUUGUUGUCCUUGCCCGCAGAGGAAAUAUAUACGAAGUGAUAAUGCUGUGAUAGUGAGUGGAUAUUUAUUACGAAGCGACAAGUGAUGUUUUCUUGAAAACUGAAACCUUGAACCUGCAGUCCGUCGGUUAGAGGUUGGAUACGGCAGUUGCAGUUUGAAACUGACAAUGCAUUCUACACGUAGACAUACAUGGAUUUGCGUGCGCCAGGCGAGAUAAGGAAACCGCCAGUUUAAAGAAGAUGUUUUUACCAGACACCUUGGAGCACUUUAUGCAGCGUAACUUCUAAUCCUGUUUGGCGAUCUGAUCUGGCUACGCGUUCACGUUCUGCCUGACGAGUGCUCCGCGACGAGGAAACACUGACAAUUCCGAAAAACAGUUCGACUUCACGACUUGCAUCGUGGUUCAACUGUAUUUCCGAUCCCGCACGUCAAAUGUUUCCUGUAACGAGGAUAGAGUAAAGCGGGGGCCAGAACAAUGAGAAUCAACGAAGGAAAUCCUGUGGCGACCGCCGCGUUUUCUUCGGAAUCGAUGACCACUUCCACCGGAAGCUCGGCCGACGAUUACCCGGCGAAUUCAGAACUUCCCUUUCCUCUGGCGACGUUCGCCGUCGAGGACUGCGUUUACAGAGGCGAAGGGAAUGCUAACGUCGUUAUUGCGCUCCCCCAAGAGCGCAAGGUAAUUCGAUUCCGGAAGUCGUUGCCGGACGAUGUUCCACCGGAUGGCGGCGAACAACGGGCCGAACGAGAAGUGGAAUUCGUGAGGAGCGUGGCUUCCUGCUUUUUCGGACGGUACACGGAGAUCCCUGAGAUUCUUCGGUGCGACGCGAGAGACAUCAUCAGACUUUCGGAAGCCAUUCAAACGCUCCGGCCAGAAAAACGGCGCAACAAGAAAAUUACAGAAGCUUACGCCACGAAAUACCCAGAUUACACUUUCCUUCGAACUAAAUGCGACACGAGCUUAUUUCAAAGCAACGAGACGUUUUGCGUCGAGAUCAAGCCAAAACAAGGAUGGUCGAGAGAGGACAAUCGGAAAUUUCAAAAGUGUCCGUACUGUUUGAUGCAAUAUCACAAGCUGAAGAAAAAGGUGAUAGAAGCUCGGAGUUCUUACUGCCCGUUCGAUCUUUUCUCCGGAGUACAGGAACGCAUGAAAUCGGCAUUGAAAGGACUGUUAGCAUCGCCACAAAAUAAUCUAAAAAUUUUUAAAAAUGGUACCGUUGUUUACAAUCAAGAAUCAUCUUCAGACGAUUUGGAAUGUGUCCUGGCAGAAUGGUUUCGCAAUUCCGUGUCCAGUAGGACAAAAGAAGAAUACAUCGACGUAUUUUGCGACUUGAUCUGCGCUGCUCUUUUACAUCCAUUUCCUCAAGGAGGAUUCAAACCGCAUUCUGCAUACAAAUUAUGCCCAUCUACUCGACAAGGCUUUGAGCCAAUCACGUACGUUAAUUCAGACAUUGUUGCAAAGGCGAAGAAACUCCUAUACUUUGCUGGCGAGACAUGCAAUUUGGAAGGUGAAACAUUAACAAUGAAUUGUGUGUUAGAGAGGGUACUUCAUAUGCAGAAGCUUCCUUUUGUUACUGCAGAGUACGUGUACAACAUAUAUUCAAAGUUUCAGCUAUUGUUAAAGGACGACAUGGUGUAUGAUAAUUUAACGAAAAUGCAGACAAUCGAGGAUUAUCGAAAAUUCUAUUAUAAAUCUAUUAAAACUGCCACGGAAAACACAAAAGCUUUACAAGAGACUCACUUGAGAACAUGUAUCAAAUGCACCAGGAUUACAAACAAAGCGAGAUGCAAGUACAAUUGCAAUGAAAAUAGAAUUUUUAAUUCGGAUAUUCAAGAAAUCAUGGACGACGGCCACGCUGAAAAUAUUUUCCGUUUCGCUAAAUCAAAUUUAUUUCCUAAAUAUAUGGAAGAUGAUAUGACAUCUCACAAUAAAUCUGAUAAGGCACAAAAUGGAGGCAACGCGUACUCCAGCAAGGAAGAAGUAGAAUGUUUUAUAAGCUCUGAGGAUAUACUGUGCUUACAGAAUUAUCUUUUAUUUUCAUGUGCCAGGGAUUGCUCAAUAUUAAUAGCUUUUCGAGAAUUAAAUGUGAAUGCAGUGUCUGCCCCGGAAGAAAAUAUAAUAAAACUUCCCAAUGGACUUAGGUUUCUCUGCGACAUCGGAAUUUCGGAUUUAGAUCCAAAAAGUCUUCAAUGCAUCGAGAAACAUCGUCAACGAGACACAGAUAUUUUAAACUCCGUAAUAUCCGUUUUAGAAGAAGAUCUAAAGCUCAAAAAUCAAUCACCUAUAAAACAAUGUUUGUAAUAACAAGAACAGAGUGUAUCAUAAAUAACUUCCUCUCUAUAUAAUGAAAUUUUGUUAAAUAGUAACCAAAUUUUCUUAAUUUAUUAAAAAUUAUUAAAUUUAAUGAAUAUAUGGAAUGUAUAUAAUUUAUUAAUGUUACAAGUAUAAACAAAUUUAGAUCGAAACGAAGACUGAUAAAAAGUGAAUCCAUAGUAAGUUUAAUUUACUUAACUGUAAAUAUUUACUUAAUUGUAAAUUCAUAAAGGGAAGUUAUUUAUGGCUUGAUUUAGUAGUUCCAUUUUAACAAUUGCUAACAAUUUCGUAUUGUAUGAAAAUUUUGUGAUUAACUUUUCUUAUUUUAUGCAAAUCAUGUUCUACAUAAAAACAACAUAAACAGUUUUUAAGUAAAAAAGACAUUACGUAUGUAAUAUAUGUCAUAUUGUUCAAACACAUAAUUAUAAUUUUCCUAGCAAUGAUAUGACGACAACUAAAAUACUUUAGAUGAGUUGUGCAUGUUGGUAUUGUUUAGUAUUAACAUUAUCAAUCUGAAAUCAUUGCUCCUUAAAGCAUGUACGGUACACAGGGUCCUAAUGAAAAGGGUUCAGGCAAAUAGUGGGUUCCUAAAUUGAGUAACAAUAUUAUGAAAAAUUUUUUUUUAAAGUUUUUUGUAACGCGAGUGACUUGCCUGUUUCCUUUAUUCUUCUUCUAAUCACUUAGUACUGUUCAUUUCUAUUUAGAACAUUUCAAUCAUAUUAUUAAAUUUUUUUAAUGCAGAAUACAAAAAAAAAUUCUGACGUUACUUAUAUUUAUUAUAUUAAAUUAGCGAAAAAUAAAGUAAAUUGUAUGUGAAGCAUGUGAUCAUCUUAUAUAUUGAGAAUAUUAUGUGAUACUUGUUAAAUUAUUUUCUAUAUGUCACGUGUACGUGUGUAUGUACCAAAACGAAAUUAAAAUUAUAACAUGUUAAUUAUAUCUUGAAUGAAUACUGAAAAGUUAAUGACAUCGAAACGUUUUACUGACUUAAAAAAUAAUGUAUUUAUUACUGUUUUCUUGAAUUGCAUAUUUGUGAAAUACUGUUUCAUAUGUGUGUUAACUGUUUGUUAUACUUUUAUUGUAAUGUUAGAGCAGUAGUGUAUAAAAAUAAAAAUUAUAAUAUAAAAGCAGAUAUUUUUAAAUAUCUUUUUUCUAUUUUUUGGUUCUUGAAAUGCAUUUAUAUAUUUUAUCUUUCUCUUUAAAAUUUUCGAAAGAACUUUGAAUUGACUUUAAUGCUAUGAAACUUUAUUUACAAAAAGUAAUAAAGGAAAAUAUUUUUUUCGCGCAGAAAGUUUUAAAUGCCAUUUGAAUAAUAGUCUAAACAAUUUUAAGCACACACGUAUAGAAUAUGAUUCCGUUUAUAUACAUAAAAAUCAACGGAUUUAAAUUAGUAGGCUACAUUAUACUGAAAAGAUUAAACAGAAUUUUAUACUAAUUGUAAAUUCUUGAGACAAAUAGUUAUUAUUAAUUUCGAAAAUUGUAACAUAUUCGAAUUUUUAAUACCUUCUUAAAUCAAUUGUGGAAAGACUGACUUGUGAAGAUGCGUAAACAAAAUUAAAAUUUCAUUAUCUUCAUUAAUAUUUUCUUAACUUAUAUUAGCUUCAACAAAGCUGAUACAAUUAAGAAAGACAUAUACUGUAUUAUGUAAUAACAUUACUAAUGUAAUAUUGUG